UCUAUGACCCAGAGAAAUCACUUCCGGUUUGGGCCUGUAAAGUGUGAGGGGCGGGAGAGCCGUUAGAAGCAACCGGGGCGUCUUCCCCGCGCCUGAGUUGUUUGUCGCGGUGGCGGUUGUCAUGGCAGCGGCAGCCGGACCCGGAGGAGGCGACACGGCCUCCUCUGCGGACGAAGGCGGAGGGGAGCGGGGAAGCCCCCCCGGCUCGGACUCACGACGCCUGGGGCCGGGGGGGCGAGAGGAAGAGGAGGCGCCGAGGCAAGGCAGCGCGGGAGGCCUGGGCCACCAGAGCCGCCUGUCCUCGUCGCCGCCCUCUCGCGAGGCUGAAGUCACCGUGGAAAUCGGGGAGACCUACCUGUGUCGGCGAGGGGACGGGACGUGGCAUUCUGCAGAGGUGAUUCAGUCUCGGCUCAACGAACAAGAAGCUAGAGAGGAAUUUUAUGUUCACUAUGUAGGAUUCAACCGACGUCUGGAUGAGUGGGUGGAUAAGAACCGUCUGGCCCUCACCAAGACAGUCAAGGAUGCUGUGCAGAAGAACACCGAUCAAUACAUGAAUGAGCUUUCGGAGCAGCCCGAGCGCAAGAUCACCCGCAAUCAGAAGCGCAAACAUGAUGAAAUCAACCAUGUCCAAAAGACGUAUGCUGAGAUGGAUCCUACCACGGCAGCUUUAGAGAAGGAACACGAAGCAAUCACCAAAGUGAAAUACGUGGACAAAAUCCAUAUCGGGAACUAUGAGAUUGACGCUUGGUAUUUCUCACCCUUCCCAGAAGACUACGGGAAGCAGCCCAAGCUGUGGAUCUGCGAAUACUGCCUCAAGUAUAUGAAGUUUGAGAAGACUUACCGCUAUCACCUUGGCCAAUGCCAGUGGCGGCAACCACCAGGGAAAGAAAUCUACCGCAAAAACAACAUCUCGGUAUAUGAGGUGGAUGGGAAAGAUCACAAGAUUUAUUGCCAGAAUUUGUGUCUUUUGGCCAAACUGUUCCUGGAUCAUAAGACCCUCUACUUCGACGUGGAGCCCUUUGUCUUCUACAUCCUUACUGAGGUGGACAGGCAAGGAGCCCAUAUCGUUGGCUACUUCUCAAAGGAGAAGGAAUCUCCAGAUGGAAAUAAUGUGGCUUGUAUCCUAACCUUGCCCCCUUACCAGAGAAGGGGUUAUGGGAAAUUCCUCAUUGCAUUCAGCUAUGAGCUCUCCAAACUUGAAAGCACAGUGGGAUCUCCCGAAAAGCCCCUUUCAGACCUUGGCAAGCUGAGCUACCGUAGCUAUUGGUCAUGGGUAUUACUAGAGAUCCUUCGGGAUUUCCGAGGCACCCUUUCCAUCAAGGACCUCAGCCAAAUGACGAGCAUCACGCAGAACGACAUCAUCAGCACUUUGCAGUCCCUGAACAUGGUCAAGUAUUGGAAGGGGCAGCACGUCAUCUGUGUCACUCCCAAAUUGGUGGAGGAGCAUCUCAAAAGUGCUCAGUAUAAGAAGCCGCCAAUCACAGUGGAUUCACUCUGCCUGAGAUGGGCACCUCCUAAACAUAAGCAAGCCAAGAUUUCCAAGAAGUGAAGGAAAAACCGACUUGAAAUGCUGAAAGGGUUUGGCUCCACAUCUGCUUUCUUUUAUUUUAGAAGAUGUUCAGUAAUUUAGCAUUGCUGUCAGUCUUGUACAGGAAGGGCAUACAUGGAACAGGUGAUUUGGGGUUAUGAGAAACACCUGAAAACAGAUGAUUUUUGAGUUUGCAGCAAUCCUGCCCAGGUGGGUUCAUUUGAAUGAAGAACUACUUAUUUAUCCCUUUUUUUUUCUUUUGCUGUUCGAUAUAUAACUGGUUUUUUUCUUUCUUGCCAAAGCUGAUAUCUUCUCUAAAAUAGAACUGGUAUCCUCAUUCUUAUCAUAAAAGGAGCAGAUAAAUCAUUCUAUUAUUUCUUAUUGACUGUUCUAACUGACAUUGGGAUAGUACUGGUCCCGGAAUCAAACAGGUGAUUAAAUAUUGGCAGAAUUGUGGUGGAACACGAUCUGAGCAGUAAAUAAACACAGGGAUUGGAUAUUUGAGCAGCAUAUGGUCAACGAAAGUUGGAGGCAACGUUUACUACCGGUAAUACUGAAAACUAGAUUAUUGACUAUCCUGGGAAGGAGGAUUGACUUCUCUGUAAGAGAUGCUGAAGAACUCAAAUUUACUAAAACAUCGAACAAUCAGCCUUGUUCAAAAAAAUUGGGGGGGGGAUGUGUCUUCUGUAAUUCUCUAAGUCUCUCUUGGUAGAUCUGUUGUCACUUUCAGUAUCUUCCAAAAGGAAGCAAGUCUAUCAAAGCUCAUACAUGUUUUUAGGUAUAUUAGAUAAAUAGCUUGAAUCCUUCCACUGUUACAUAGCUAUUAGCAACAUGGGACAAAAGAGAAUGUUUUGAAGCGGUAUCACUGGCUCCACAGUCAAUUUUUAAGCUCAAUGCUGCCAAAAAAAUAAGUUGUAUUAGAGUCUAGUGCCAGUAGACGAGAGUCAGGAUUUGGGUGUUAAGACUCGGGGGGGGGGGGGGAGGAAAAGUGGAAAUAGGCACAUAUAAAAAGGCUGAUCCACAGUGCAGUGUGGCUUCUAUGAUAUAACUAAAAGGAAAUAACCAAUUCCUUUUGCAGAGCCUUAAAGGAAAUGGUUCUUUCUAGAAACAAAAUGCUAAACGGUGGGGGGUAGGGGGGACACGCCUUUUAAGUUAGGUGCCCUUUUAAACAGCAGCUUUUACCCAGAUGAAUAGACAAACUCCGGAUUGGAGAAAACUGUCCAGAAGGAUUUUGUAGGAUUGCUCGACAUUUCCCCUUCUGUCUUAUGAACCAUGUUUCUUGGUGAUCAAAUGAGAAGGGACUU